CACCUUCAUCCAAGCCUUUAAUACGCCACUCCCACAUAUAAUUCACAAACCCCUCUUUCAGUUCAAUGAGGGUCCAGAACCAGAACAAUCUUCGAGCAGCGUCGCCAUGGUCGGACUGACCUCGCGCCUUUCAUUUAUUUUCUUCGCAUUCGCCUUCUGUGCAGUUGUUGCAGCUCUACAAAUUGACUCAGGGCUGUGCAAAAUAGUGAGCUGCGGGAAGGGAAGGUGCAACCACACGGCAAGCGAUCAGCCUUUGGGCAUAAUCUUUCCCCGCUGCGUCUGCGAUGAUGGCUGGACGCAGCCCUCCAUAGGCCUUUCGUUUUCCUUUCUCCCCUGCGUUAUUCCCAAUUGCUCACUCGAUGCUACCUGUAGCAAAGCGGCACCCGCACCAGCGCCUCGGCACCGCAAUUCUUCGGACCUUCUGCACCCAUGCGGAUAUCCCGUUUGUGGAGAGGGUUCCUGCCGGAAAACGUCAGAUUAUGGCUAUGCGUGUGAUUGCGAUCAAGGAUACGAAAACCUCCUGAAUAUGACGGCAGGCCCCUGUAUUAGAGCAUGUUCCAUAGGCGCUGACUGUUCACGCCUGGGUAUAAGCUUGACUCCGUCUCAAACCCCAACCCCAACUCCUUUUAGGAGUGCCGAUAUUAAUAAAGGAAGGCGAUUUAUUUAUUUAAAUCUCUGCAGCAGCGCGGAAGGAGACGGUUUUAUGCCAGAUCGCCCCACCAAUUCUCAGCUUUUCUUUCCUGUUUCUGUUGAGAUGCUUAUAAUUAGGUGGGCUUUCACUGCUAAAGGAUUUUAGAUGAAUUGGAAACAGAAAUUGCUGUGGUUUAGGUAAGCGAUUUUAAGUCGCAAGUUAUAUUAACACCAGUUGUAUGGUUGUGUAAACAUCACCAAAAUAAAGUAGUGAGUUGAAUUGUCACAA